UGCCUGAUUUUCCCCCCCACUUUUAGUGUUAAAUGUUUACAAAAGUCAGUGAAGGAUUCUUAUCACAUAAUGUGUAGACCAUGUGCCUGUGAACUUGAAGUUUGUGCAAAAUGUGGAAAGAAAGAAGACAUUGUUAUUCCGUUUAAUAAGGAACCGGAAAAGACAGAAAUUCCUGAAAGUAAUCUACGUUCCAACCAUAGAAGCUGCAGAAGAAAUGAAGAAGAAAGUGAUGAUGACUUAGAUUUUGAUAUUGAUUUAGACAACACAAAAGACAAUCAAGUGGAUUAAUAUAGUAAAAGUCACCUUGAAAACAUGAAAUUCUGGACGACUUUUGACUUUUGAGAGUUUUACACAAAAAUACUGUGAAAUCCUAACGAGCAAAAUAGCAAAAAGCUAUAGAAAACAGGCAGAAUUCACACAUGGACAAUAUAAAUUAUGCACGAUACUUGGAAAAUUAUAAAACUUUCAUCCAGAGUUUUCUUAUAAUAAAUUUUUAAGUAGCAUAUGCUAGAAUACCUGCCAGAAUGAGUAUUAGGGUAUCAUAGUGCAGUUCAUUGGAAUUAUUUGGAAGAGUAUACCAACUAAUAUCAAACUAAACAAGAUUCAGAAUUGUUGGUUGUGUAAGAACUAUCUCGUGGAAAAAUCAGUGCUAGCCUCAAAAAUUGGUCCUCAUUAAGUACUUUUUUAUAGAUCUAUCUCAAGUAAAUGGCCCACAUAACAAAGCCUCCUUACUUAUAAGCUUGCUUGUUACAAAAAGCUUGUUAUUUAUUUUUUAUAGUUAUGUUUUACAAGUGUGUAGCAGUUUUUCUUGGAAGUAUUUUUACAUACCUGAUCACAUUUUUUACAUUUCUUCUUUUGCAAAAUAUACAUACAGAAAAAAAUGUAUAAAAUACAUUAAUAUAUAAUUAUAAAGAAAAAUCAUAUAUCUGUCAUCCAGAUGAAGAGACUACUUUUAAACAAUAUAAAUUAGCUUUGCCUGAUUUUUAAUCCUUUUUUUCUUUUUAUCUUGAAAUAUCUCAAACCUAAACAAAACAGCAAAAUAGUACAAUGAAACUUUGUAUAUUCUUCAUCUAGAUUCACAGGUGAUUUGUUAUGUUUUCAUUAUAUCUCAAUAGAUUGAUAUAAAUACAUAUUUUAUUUGCUGAACCAUUUGCAAAUAAGUGACAGACAUUGGUUUUGAGCUUUGUGUGAGCAGGCUUAUACUAUGCAUGUUAUUUUGUAUCUCUUCUUUAUUUCAUUAUUUGUGAGAUUGAUGCAUGUUUAGUUGUAAGAGCUCCGAUUUGUUCAUGUUACAUUAUUGUGUUUUUUUUUUUUUUAAAGAUUUUAUUUAUUUAUUCGAAAGAGAGAGACAGCCAGCGAGAGAGGGAGCACAAGCAGGGGGAGUGGGAGAGGAAGAAGCAGGCUCAUAGCGGAGGAGCCUGACGUGGGGCUCGAUCCCAGAUCGCCGGGAUCACGCCCUGAGCCGAAGGCAGACGCCCAACCGCUGUGCCACCCAGGCGCCCCUACAUUAUUGUGUUUUAUUCCAUUGUCUUUAUAUCACGAUUCAUUUAUCCUCUGUAAUGUUGAGGGAUGUUUGAGUUAUUUUUAAAUUUUCCUCAUAUAAAGAAUACUGCUGUGAGCAUUGUUACAUGUGUUUCUUGGUACACACGUCUUGUUUCUUGGUGCACAUUGCUAUUAGAUACAUAGGUAGUAGUGGUACAGGCCAUCCAGUUAUAUGCAUAUGCAUCUGCAGGGUUCCUGUAUAACGCCAAGCUGUCUUUAGAGGAAUUGUUGUUUCCUUUCCCCACAGCAAUAUAUUAAGAGUUCCAAUGGUCUGUAUCCUCUCUAACACUUGAUCUUUAAAUUUCUGUCAGUUUGGUAAGUGUGCAAUGUAUGUCUUUGUCUUAUUAAUUUUGUAAUCUAUGUGUAUUGUAUGUGUGUGUAUAUAUAUAUACACACACACACAUAUAUGUACCACGUCUUUUUAUCCAUUCAUCUAUGGAUGGACACUUAGAUUGCUUCCAUAUCUUGACUACUGUAAGUAAU